AAGAACUACAAGUUCUAGUAUCCUGUGCGGGGAGGUGAGAUUCCAGCCGUGGGGCUAAGGUCUCUGCUGAGAAGGAGGGGGUGAGAACUAUUUUGUUCCUGAUACCAACUUUUGGAGGAGGGAUUGCUCGGCAACGGCGACAUGGCAGAGCUGAGUGAUGAGGCCAGUGAGACCGAGAUGCUAAACCACAGCUUGUCCAUGUGGUACGGAGAACCUCUUGAUGACCAGGAGCUACCUUUGGACCUCCACACGGCAGCCUCGAUCGGGCAGUAUGACGUUGUACAGCGGUUUGUGAACAGAAAGGACGUGGAUCUGAACCAGGAGAAUGUAGGUGGCUGGACAGCCCUCAUGUACGCUGCUUACAUCGGACACGACUCGGUGGUUGGCUUGCUCCUGGAAGCUGGGGUAGAUGUGAACUGCCGGACGCCCGGCGGGCAGACGCCUCUAAUGUUGGCUGCCAGCUGCGGGAACGAGAGCGUGGCAUACUUCCUGAUACAGCAAGGUGCGAAGCUGGAGGUGAGAGACUCCCGCGGCUGGACCGCUCUCUUCCACUGCACCAGCGCAGGACACCAGAGGAUGCUGCAAUUCCUCCUGGAAAACGGAGCCAACGGGGACGUGAAGGAACCUGUCUAUGGAUUUACGCCUCUCAUGGAGGCUGCAGCGUCUGGCCAUGAGAUCAUAGUGCAACAUCUACUGAAUCAUGGUGUGAAGGUGACGGCCACGGACCAUAACGGGGAUACGGCCCGCAUGCUUGCUGCGAGAUACGGACAUUCUAGGAUCGUAUCGCUUCUGGAUUCGCAUCGGAACCGCGUGUCUCGGACACACAGCAGGGGAUCAGCUCGUCGAGAAGAUUUCAGCUCUUCAGAUGAAUCCCUUUCUAGCCCUCAACGUCACAGACCGCAGCGCAAGGCUAAAGGUCCCAGCAUCCAUGAUGGUCCUCAAGCGUUGGCCAAAAUAACAGGUGGAGGCAAUCAGGUUGCAUGCGACAAGGUACCAGCUCAGGGAUAUGUCACUUUCAACGACCUAGACUGUGACGCUGGAGGAGAUGAAGGUCUGCGAUACCGGGAUGUAACGUCCCCCAUUAACGAGCGUGAUGUGGAGAGCAAUGGAAGCAGCAGAGAUGAGGAGGACGUUAGCAGAUUGAGGAGCAGUAGCAGCGAAGAGCCGUGCCCCAAAACAGGACUGAGCAAUGAGGCUUCGCUAGAAAGUAACGAGGAUUCAGACCCAGCAGUAGAGAGCGCCAACCAUAAAAACGUCAAAACCCAAGGCAAGGGAAGAUCAUACAAUGGAGAUGUCCACGCUGCUCCCGGUGCUCCCAACUGCCAAGCGUCAAAGCCCCAUCCAGAUUCAGAAGCCCCGCAGUACACGGGGCCAAAGGACCUGGCAGAGCUGCUCGAACAAAUUGGUUGCUCCAAGUACCUUCCGGUAUUUCAAGAGCAAGAUGUGAAUCUGAGGAUCUUCCUUACCCUCACUGAAACAGACCUGCGAGAAGUUGGCAUCACCUUAUUUGGUCCGAAGAGGAAGAUGACCUCGGCCAUUGCUCGGUGGCACAGCUCUGCCAGGCUUCCUGGAGAUAGACUGGAGCAGGCUUAUGCUGACCGUCUGGAAGCAGAGAUGCAGGAGCUGGCCAUCCAACUACACAAGAACUGUGAAGAGACCGAGCUUCUUAAAGCCCAGGUAGCCCAGGAGAGAGAACUGAGAGCCGUGGCUGAAGGUUGCCUGAUGGAGAAGGACACCAAGUGGAGAACUGUCUGCUGCAAGCUGGAGGCUACGAGUCAGCUAGCAACUGAUGCCCAAUAUGCCAUGAACCAGCUGAGGUGCUGUCAAGAAGAACUGACUCGUCGGCUGGGCAAACCGUCCACACCAAGGACGAGGAUGUCAAAAGUUCCAGGAAUGGAUGGGGGACACGUAUCCACCGUGAGGUCCAUGAGCAUGUUGGAGCUGUCAUCAUCUUUGGAGGAAAGCACCAGAAUGUUGGAAAAAUCCUUGAGAGCCGUACAAGAAAACCUGGAUAAGUUGAGAAUAGCAGAUAAGGGAAGACACAAGUGGCCGGAUCCCUGAGUCUUACGGACACUUUUUCUUUACUGUACCUCAGACGGUGGGUGAAGUUUUCCACCCCGAAAGAUAUCCGACGUCAGAGCGUGGCAAUCGGGAGCCUAACCCGCCUCGUGCCUGCUGUGAGACCGCACCACGCGCGGACUGGUGCUGGGCUGUGAGGAGGAGAAGCACCCGGGAAUUUUUAGCAACCUUCUGCAGGAGGAAUGGUCUGCCAGCCUUUUCAUGGAUGUUCUAGAAGAGAUGAUCUGCGGAGAUACCGUGCCAGCUGCACUGCGUGCCCGGGAUUUAAUAUAAAGUUAUGACGUGAGCUAGAUCUAUGCCUUUAUCAGAGGGGUUAUGGAAUGAAUACUUGAAGGGGGACGGAUUUUAAAGAUACAAUGUAACGGCCAUCUGCAAUAUCCUCGCAAUAAAGAGUGCGCGUUCCAGCA